AUGUCUUUCUCUCCUGCAAUCCGAGUCGCAAGGACAGCUGCACAGCGGUCCUCCUCGCUCCUACGAGCUGUACAAUUCACACAUCCACCAACCUGCCCCUGCCACUCGAAUCCCAAUCAUCAUCAUGGACCAGCCGUCUUCGGCGAAGCUCGUCGCCGGCUGGCCACGCCGAUUGACCAUUCGCGGAGCAAGGACUAUGCCUUUGAGAUGGCAGCGAGCUCGAUCCGAUUUGGCCCUGGGUGCACCAAAGAGGUCGGAAUGGACAUGCAAAAUCUGGGCGCAAAGCGAGUCUGCGUAGUGACUGAUGCGAACGUCACUAAGCUCGACGCAAUGAAACAAGUCGUGGAGGGUCUGAACAAGGCAGGCAUCGAGUUCACCGUGUACGACAAAUGCCGUACCGAGCCAAAGGAUUCAUCGAUCAAAGAGGCAAUCGCUUUUGCGAAGCCGUACCAACCUGAUGCUUUCCUAGCUGUUGGUGGAGGCUCGGUCAUCGACACUGCUAAGCUGAUGAACUUGUACACGUGUUUUCCAGAUGCAGACUUUCUGGACUUUGUCAAUGCGCCGCUCGGGAAGGGCUUACCUAUCACAGGUAAACUGCUUCCGCUCGUUGCCGUCCCGACUACGGCUGGAACUGGUUCUGAGACGACUGGCACGGCCAUCUUUGACCUGGUCGAGAAAAAGGCAAAGACUGGCAUUGCGCAUCGCAACCUGAAACCAACACUCGGCAUAUGCGAUCCGAUCAACACGAGAACCAUGCCGUCUGCCGUCCACGCCUCAUCUGGACUGGACGUUCUGUGUCACUCACUGGAAUCAUGGACGGCCAUUCCCUACCACGAGCGGUCGCCUCGACCAGAAAACCCCAUCAACCGACCUGCAUAUCAAGGUGCCAACCCCAUUUCCGAUAUCUUCUCGUUGAAGGCCUUGCACUCCACUGUAAAGUACCUGCCGCGAGCAGCCAAAGAUCCAGACGACUUCGAAGCACAAAGCGAAAUGUUGCUUGCUGCGACCCUGGCGGGUGUCGGCUUCGGAAAUGCCGGUGUCCAUCUGUGUCACGGUAUGAGCUAUCCCAUCAGUGGGCAGAACCCUGGCUACAAGCACGCUGGCUACCAGAUUGAAAGCAAUAUCAUUCCACAUGGUGUCAGUGUGGCAGUAACGGCUCCAGCAGUGUUCAAAUUUACCGGUGCAAGCAAUCCUGAACGGCAUUUGGCCGCGGCUGAAGCGUUUGGUGUGGAUGUGUCUCAAGUGAAGAAGGAAAGCGCUGGUGAGGUGCUCGGCGAGGCUAUACAGAAAUUCUUAGUCGAUUUGGGCGAUCAGCCGCGCGGCUUGAAGCCGCUUGGAUUUACGGAGAGCCAUAUUGAUGAGCUCGUGGAGGGAACGUUACCUCAAAGGAGAGUCUUAAUGCUGGCGCCGAAUCUGAGCGAGGAGGUGAAUGAGGAGAGGGAACAACUUCGCAAUCUGUUCACAGAGGCCCUUGAAUAUUAG